AUGCCCGCGGCCCACGCGCCAGGCAGCGUGCCGCUCUCCGCAGAUGCGAGGCUGAAGGAGGCGAACCGGCGGAAGAUCUACCUCCAUCGAUUGCUUGGGGAUGACGUCUCGGGUUCGAAGGACAAAGGUGGGAAGUCCGUGACGUGGGUGGCUGCCCUUUUUUUCGCUAUUUACGUGUUUGUAGCCUCGUUCGUUAUCAUCAGACGCAGCAGUGUUGAGUGGCGCUCCGAGGUGUGGUUGGGGUCAGUCACCGGGAUUUAUGAGCAGCCGUUUACCCUCACGCCUAUCUUCAAGUAUUUCGACGACAUCUAUACCACCGAUGACGUUUUGGAUUGGGCGACACGGUUCGUCUGGUCGAUUGUGGCUUUACCUGGUCAGCUGCCCUUGUCGCUGGUGGGGUUUAAUAGGCUCAUGCCCGCGGAGAGCGACGAGGGUGCAAUCUAUUUGACGUACCGGCGAAUGAAGUUGUCAGAUUCUUCAACCGAUCUUGCUACUACACGUCGCUUUCAACCAUUGUAUCCGAAUACGUGGCUGGCCUCCGAACUUAAGGGGGGUACGGCCACGGGGGACUUUGAGGACACUGACCUGCUGGUAUCUGGCAACUUCACGUGGCGGUACGAGCCAGGGGCAGGCUACAAGCGUCAGGGUGGUUAUAUCGCCAAAAUGGUACUUCCGACAAGCGGUGGUUUCGAUAAAGGCUACGUGCAGGUGAACGAUCAGAGGAUGGGAUUUGUAGAUUUCCGUGAGGCCACCUGGUUCGGCCCGACGUUCGGAAGCAUGGCAGUGCAGAUGGCCCUGUACAACCCAAAUUACCAGAGCAUUUCCAGGAUCGAUCUAGUCUUCAACGCGCGCGAGACUGGCUUGUUAGCUGGAAAAAUUGUCGAUUCUAGAUCGAUGCUGCUGGAUGUAUACGACCCCAUUACCGACAAAGCCGACAUUUGCAUUUAA